AUGUCGUCCAGCUUGACACAGCUUCCAUCACCUUGCUCAGAAACUUAUCAUUGGAGUGUACUACCUGAGAAGCAAGUCAACACCUCGGGUGCAACCAUGCUGAAGAUACACUCUUUGCUCAAUCCCGCCACGGAUGGCAAUCGAUUUGAAUAUCCUCGAUCGGCCAGUCCUCCCCCAACGCCAGCUUACACAGCCAACAACUCCUCGCCGGCAUCAACACCACGUCCAGAGACCCCGCAGACCCCCUCACCGACCAAACGCCAAAAGCUCAUCAAGGACGCUGCCGUCUUCCUUCGAGGCUCGGUGAAAGCACCUAUCAAUUAUCCUCCCUUCGAGUGCAACGAGGACAGCCGACUUCUCAACACCCAGCAGCGUGCCGAGCUGGCUGAACAGCACCGCCGAUUCCAGGUCUUCCCAUCUGGCCAUGGCGACGAAGGCUUCAUCUCGGACUAUGUCCGACACAUACCAUACUCCAGCGAGAAGAAGAGCUUCCUGAACAAGACGGGGAGAGAUGCAUUCGAUGUCUUCCAGUACAACUUCCAGGUUCCUGGUGAUCCAGAUAACCGUACUUAUGUCGUGAUGUGGGACUAUCAGAUUGGACUGGUUCGCAUCACGCCGUUCUUCAAAGCCUGCAAAUACUCCAAGACCACACCAGCCAAAGCCCUCACAUCCAACCCUGGCCUCAAAGAGCUCUCGCACUCCAUCACCGGUGGUGCUCUCGCAGCACAAGGCUACUGGAUGCCGUAUGCCUGUGCCCGAGCAAUAUGCUUGACCUUCUGCUACAACAUACGCUGGGCACUGACGCCUAUCUUCGGUCCAUCCUUCAUCAAAGAGUGCCUCCGUCCCGAGCACAGUGGCUUCGCUCGCUUCAAGAUCGACACGGAAGUGAUACGCUGUGCUACGCUUGAAGCAGAAGGUUGGAAGAACAGCGACAGUAGCCGCCCCACCACACCCAUGAUCACUGGCAGCGGACAGCAUAUUCCAAGAAGCGCACCAGUCGAUCCCACCGCCAACUAUCAGUUGCAGCCAUGGCAGCGUAGACCGGACUUCAUGAUCGGAUCGCCGUUCGACUCGGCUUCUGAGCAUUCUGCACACCACAACAACUACACCUAUCUGCCUCCUCCUCUCGACACACCAGAGCUUUCUCCUCGAUCACAGGAACAAACGGUUGAAGUUGUCCCGGCUUGGACAAGUAUCAACCGCACUCACCACGAUGGCCCGCCUCCACCACCUCACAACACUCCUGUCGGGCCUCUUGCCAGCUCCCUGCUUACCGAGCCAAGGUACUCUCCAUCCACAUCUUGGCGAGACGCAGAAACGACAUAUGGUGCCGGGACCCAGGAGCUGCUUGACAACCCUCGCAUGCCACAUCGUCAGAGUGUCACUUCCCUGCCCAAGGAUGUUAGUACUGCCCAGGAACCUGCCCAGGAGGAAGACUCACAGCCUUCCUCAUCUGACGACGACACACCAAUGGCAUCGACGCGAGCGAUGAAGAAGCGAAAGCGCUCAGCGACCGGAAAAGAAGGGGACAGCGGUAACAAGACGAAGAAGUCAUCCAGCAAUGCACCGACCAAGUUCACUGCGGCAGACGCUCGUGCGGCUCACUGGCUGCUGAACUUGAGUGUGCGUGACUCGCAGCUUGCCGCGAGCACUAACACGGUCUUCAGUCGGAAGCAGGAAGGGGACACAUCGUAG